CCACACGUGUGAGGAAAGAGUGGGUGAGAUCUGUACAUCGGUUAUUCAUUAUCAGUGAACAUGGGGAAAGGGUACGGACAUGAAGGCAGCCCUGAGGCUGCUCAAACAGGAGGAAGGAGAAAGAUGAAAGAGAAAGAUUUAGAUGAGCUGAAGAAAGAGGUGUCACUGAAUGAUCAUAAGCUGUCUCUUGACGAGAUCAGCGCUCGUUAUGGAGUUGACCUUACCAGAGGUUUGACCCAUAAGAGAGUGAUAGAAAUUCUGGCCCGUGAUGGUCCAAAUGCACUGACCCCGCCGCCCACCACGCCAGAGUGGGUGAAGUUCUGUAAACAGCUGUUUGGAGGAUUCUCCAUCCUGCUGUGGAUUGGUGCCAUACUUUGCUUUUUUGCAUACAGUAUUCAGGCGGCCACUGUGGAAGAACCUGUCAAUGACAACUUGUAUCUGGGUGUGGUGCUUUCUGCAGUGGUCAUUAUAACUGGCUGCUUCUCCUAUUAUCAAGAAGCCAAAAGCUCCAGGAUCAUGGAGUCUUUCAAAAACAUGGUGCCUCAGCAAGCUUUGGUGAUUCGUGAGGGUGAAAAGAUUCAGAUAAAUGCAGUGGAGGUGGUUCAGGGAGAUCUGGUGGAGAUCAAGGGUGGAGACAGAAUCCCAGCAGACCUUCGGAUCAUCUCCUCAAGCAGCUGCAAGGUGGAUAACUCCUCUCUCACCGGAGAGUCAGAACCUCAGACCCGUUCUCCAGAGUUCACACAUGAAAAUCCCCUGGAGACCAGAAACAUCAGCUUCUUCUCCACCAACUGUGUCGAGGGCACAGCCCAUGGUAUUGUGAUCGCCACAGGCGAUCGUACAGUGAUGGGUCGCAUUGCGACUCUGGCGUCGGGUCUGGAAGUGGGUCAGACACCCAUCAACAUGGAGAUCGAGCACUUCAUUCAUAUCAUUACGGGUGUGGCCAUCUUCCUGGGCGUGUCCUUCUUCAUCCUGUCGCUCAUUCUUGGCUACACCUGGCUGGAGGCUGUCGUCUUUCUCAUCGGCAUCAUUGUUGCCAAUGUUCCCGAGGGCCUGCUUGCUACUGUCACUGUGUGUUUGACUCUAACUGCAAAACGUAUGGCUCGUAAGAACUGUCUGGUGAAGAAUCUUGAGGCUGUGGAGACUCUGGGUUCCACAUCUACCAUCUGCUCUGAUAAAACUGGAACCCUGACUCAGAACAGGAUGACAGUUGCUCACAUGUGGUUUGACAACCAGAUCCAUGAGGCUGACACCACCGAGGAUCAAUCAGGCUGUGGGUUUGAUAAAAGCUCUCCUACCUGGUUCUCUCUGUCUCGAGUGGCUGGACUCUGUAACCGUGCUGUCUUCAAACCUGGACAAGAGGGCAUACCUUUCAGCAAGAGGGAUACAUCAGGUGAUGCAUCAGAAUCUGCUCUGUUGAAGUGUGUUGAGCUCUCGUCCGGGUGCGUUCAGACACUCAGACAGAACAACCCUAAAGUAGUGGAAAUCCCAUUCAACUCAACCAACAAAUACCAGCUGUCUAUUCAUGAGGUGGAGGACAGUCUUAGUGGACACCUGCUUGUGAUGAAGGGAGCACCAGAGAGGAUCUUGGACAGGUGCAGUUCCAUAAUGAUCAACGGUGAGGAGCAACCACUGGACGAGGACUGGAAGGAUGCAUUUCAGGGAGCUUACAUGGAGCUGGGUGGGCUUGGAGAAAGAGUUCUGGGGUUCUGUCACCUGUACCUCUCUCCUUCUCAGUUCCCAGUGGGGUUUGAGUUUGACUGUGACGAUGUGAAUUUCCCCAUCAAUCAGCUUUGUUUUCUGGGUUUAAUUUCCAUGAUUGAUCCUCCCCGAGCUGCAGUGCCAGAUGCUGUUGGCAAGUGCCGUUCUGCUGGGAUUAAGGUUAUCAUGGUAACAGGUGACCAUCCCAUAACUGCCAAGGCCAUUGCUAAAGGCGUCGGCAUCAUCUCCGAGGGCAAUGAGACGGUGGAGGACAUUGCUGAAAGACUUAAUAUACCACUAAGCCAAGUCAACCCACGAGAUGCUAAGGCCUGUGUAAUUCAUGGUUCAGACCUGAAGGAUAUGAGUGCUGAGUAUCUGGAUGAUAUUCUGAGGAACCACACAGAGAUUGUGUUUGCUCGCACUUCACCUCAACAAAAACUCAUCAUCGUGGAGGGCUGUCAGAGACAGGGUGCAAUCGUGGCAGUGACAGGUGAUGGGGUGAAUGACUCUCCUGCUCUGAAGAAGGCUGACAUUGGUGUUGCCAUGGGAAUCUCGGGGUCAGACGUCUCCAAGCAAGCUGCUGACAUGAUCUUGCUGGAUGACAACUUUGCUUCAAUUGUUACUGGAGUGGAGGAAGGCCGUCUGAUCUUUGAUAACCUGAAGAAGUCGAUUGCAUACACUCUGACCAGCAACAUCCCAGAGAUCACACCCUUCCUGCUCUUCAUCAUUGCCAGUGUGCCACUGCCCCUGGGCACUGUCACCAUCCUUUGCAUCGACCUCGGCACUGACAUGGUUCCUGCGAUCUCCCUGGCAUACGAGUCAGCAGAGAGUGACAUUAUGAAGCGCCAGCCCCGAAACCCCAAAACUGACAAACUGGUGAAUGAGAGGCUCAUCAGCAUGGCUUACGGACAGAUCGGUAUGAUCCAGGCACUGGGAGGUUUCUUCACAUAUUUUGUGAUCAUGGCUGAGAAUGGUUUUCUGCCCCGAACACUGCUGGGGAUUCGACUGGACUGGGACGAUCGCACAGUAAACGAUCUAGAGGAUGCCUAUGGACAGCAAUGGACUUAUGAGCAGCGUAAAGUCAUCGAGUUCACUUGCCACACCUCCUUCUUCGCCAGCAUCGUUGUAGUGCAGUGGGCAGAUCUCAUCAUCUGCAAGACACGCAGGAACUCCGUCUUCCAGCAGGGCAUGAAGAACAGGAUUCUAAUUUUUGGCCUUUUUACUGAGACGGCUCUGGCAGCCUUCCUGUCCUACUGCCCUGGCAUGGACAUUGCCCUAAGGAUGUACCCACUCAAGGUUACUUGGUGGUUCUGUGCAUUCCCGUACAGUCUGCUAAUCUUUGUGUACGACGAGAUCCGUAAAUUAAUCCUGCGCCGGAAUCCUGGAGGCUGGGUGGAAAAAGAGACCUACUAUUAACAAGUCAAGAAUGUGCAAUCUCUAUGCAUCGCUGUCAGUGUGUGUCUGUCUGUUUGUUUGUGUGUAAACAAUAAAGUAAAGAGCAAAUGAUGAAUCAGAAAAUCAUGUGACAUUUAUCAUGUAUAAGUGAAUGUGUACUGUAUGUCUAUGUGUGUGUGUGUGUGUGUGUGUGCAUAUGUGAGCGUGAGUGACAUUGUUGUGUACAUGCACUUGGCAUAAUCUGUUUACAUGAUGUAACCUGAAUAUUAUAAUCCAAUAUAAUUUGUUGAUUAACAGACAAAUAUUGUUCAGGAUCAUUAAAUUUCUACUGAAUGGAUUUUAAACUUGUACUAAUUUUUUGCUGUGGAUUUCAGACAUUGAAUAUUAUAUUUAAAUAUUUGCUUUUUUUUUUAGAGUUUUGCACUUUGUGUGUGAAAUAUAGUACAUCCAUGGUUCAAAUAUUUAUCUGCCUUUGUUUUUAUGUACUUUAUGGAAAAAGGCUUGGGGUCUGUUGGUGCUAGUUAAAUGAAGUUCUACUAAAAUUCUAUGGUAAACACUCAAAACAUUAUUCAGUUUGCAAUACUGUGAUUUAAACAAAUAGAUUAAAUGAAACUUAUUUAAAUAUAUUUAACUUUGCCAAUUAUAAAAUUAGUUUAAUUACUGCUAAAGCAAAUAUAGUUGCUUUGCCAUUUACCAAACUAGGUUCAUACUUCUCAAUAAAUUUAAUUAAAUACUUCACAAUUAUUCCACAGUUUAUUUUGAAAAACAAAUGUGUUAUUAAAUUAAAAUGUGUAAAUCUUAAUUUUUUGGAGUGUAUACAAUAUAAUUAUUACAAUAACUAUACUACUAUAAUUCUAUUUAAAUAUUUGUCAGGAAUAAAAUGCAAUUGAAAGUAAAAGUUGCAUUAAUAUCUGUAGGUUUUUAACUUUAGUUGAACUUGACAUGUUUUGUAACUGAAUUCACUGUGCAACUGAAACUGUGAACAUGUAAAUAAAAUAAAAAUCUUUAGAAAAAAAAGAAAUAACUGUUUCCUAACUUGUAUUCCUGACUAUGCUUUUAUUGAAAACCUUUUUGAAACAGAAUAUUGUUAUAAACUACGUUUUGUUUCAACUAUUUCAUCGUAAUGUCCUCAUACAAUGUUGACAUCAUUAAUUGCUGUAAGUACAUCUGCUUGUGUGAAGUCCAAGUACUCAAGCUCCAAAACGUGCCGUUCCUUCUUAGGUUAGUACGAACAUGCUUUAAUUAAAACGUAACAGUUUUGCGUUUUAAUUCGUUUAAGAUGAAAGUUAUCGUUGUAACAGUAUGAUCAGUUAAACCAG